GCGAAAAAAUAGGGUCAAAGGCGGCUGGUCGCACUUUACUGACGCAACACUUUUGACAUUGGCAUGGAGUGCGGCUGUGACAGGAGGCUAACACGUUAGCUGGCUUUGUGUUUGUUCCAGUUAUGGCUCUUCUCCAUCUGUCAAAAUUCGUCGCAGGAGCGUCGUCACUAAAUCAGAGGGCUUUCAGUGUAUCAGCUGUUGCCGCCGCCAUUCAGAAAAUGACAAGAGUGCGUGUUGUGGACAACAGCACUCUUGGAAACACCCCGUAUCACCGUGCACCGAGGGUCAUUCAUGUCUACACCAAGAACGGCGUGGGAAAAGUCGGUGACAAAGUUUUGCUCGCCAUUAAAGGACAGAAGAAGAAGGCACUUAUUGUUGGACACAAGAUGCCCGGAGCACGCAUGACUCCACGUUUUGAUUCGAACAAUGUUGUUCUGAUCGAGGACAGUGGCAACCCUACAGGAACCAGAAUUAAGGUCCCCAUACCUACACAGCUGCGCAAGAUGGAGGGAGACUACUCCAAGCUGCUGGCAAUCGCUAGUUCAUUUGUUUAGCUGUAGUAUCUUUUGUCUAAUUUCACUUGUUAACCUUGAUCAUUUUGUUAUAUUCAUUCUCCUGUAUGAUUUUGUUGGUGUGCAAGCCUUACAUCCACACCUGUUGGGGGGAAAAAAAUAACACAUUUGUAUGAGCAUUUUGUCCUUUGUCUCAUCAGUGUCCUUGUCUGCUGCAGUUUAAAGCUGCUAAGAACAAAUACACAGGCAUUUAUUCCUUUUAAUAUUUUAUUGUGUAGUAGACUAAAAAUCUUUGUCAACAUGCAGCGCAUUUCCCACUGGGGUCUGUAUGCUUACAGUAAAUUUACUUUUUCAGUGAAUGCAAACCAAAUGACAUCUGGUGCAGAGCGAGCAGUCCAACAUGCGCCACUUCAUGUUGGCACGAAUAGUAUGUCAUGAAGCUGUGGGAUGUAACACAUUGAGCUAGCACACAUUUUAGGUAAAAUGUUUAUUUUGUCAAGGCACAACAUUAAUUCACAAUACCUAAGUAUGACUGGCACAUUCCUAACUGGAGCUCUAUAACAUCGAAUUGUGUUAUAAGGCUUUCAGUAUCAACUCGAUGGGAUUCACCUUGGUGAAAUGACAUCUUGACCACUAAUCUGAUGCAACUGCACAUUACACAUCACAAGCAGCUUCCAAAAAUUAAAUCACAUCCCAGUGCAAUAAUACGGUCUAUUAUGUCAAACUUAUCAGAGGUCAGAUAUUUGACUCCCACGUUCAACUGGGGGAGACAAGGCUAAAAUAAUUCCACUUCAACAUUAAAGGCAAACAAGACCUUUCCUACAAUGACUUUAGGUUAUUACCUAUACCGCCACCUAUAGUUGUAAAAAUUAAACAACAUGAGUGGUAAGGUCAUGUUAAAAAUAUGUUCAUAAAAU